AUGGGGGACUUUGAUGGUGAGCAAAAAGAAUUGAUCAAGAAAUUGGUAAACUUUCGCAUGAUCGAUGGUAAAAGAACGAGAGUUCGUGCUAUUGUUUAUAAAACUUUUCACCGCCUAGCUCGAACUGAACGCGAUGUAAUAAAACUUAUGGUUGACGCCGUAGAUAAUAUAAAGCCAAUAUGCGAAGUGGUCAAAGUAGGAGUCGCAGGUACUAUUUAUGAUGUUCCUGGGAUUGUAGCCAGGGAUCGUCAACAAACCUUAGCUAUUCGUUGGAUCCUUGGAGCAGCUUUCAAACGACGUAUAAGCUACAGGAUAAGCUUAGAGAAAUGUUCAUUUGCUGAGAUACUGGAUGCUUACCGAAAGAGGGGAAUUUCACGUAAGAGAAGGGAGAAUCUUCAUGGACUGGCUUCCACCAAUCGGAGUUUCGCGCAUUUCAGAUGGUGGUAA